UAUGAUCAUGUUCAUAGUUUAACGUUCAUUUGUGUAGCUCUUCCUCAUGGUGAGCAAGGUUUUAUAUUUUACAAGAAGCUGUUAGACUUCUUUUCUCAAUACUGGACUCCAAAUGAGAAGGUCCAAAAAUAUUACUAAAAAAUCUUCGCUUUUUCACCCCUGGACCCUUAUUUUCCUGGGAAAAUGCCUACGACAAAGAAAACGUGCAUGUUCUUUUCCAGCUUUCUCACAAGCUUGGGGGCUUUCAUUGUAAUCUGCUCCAUUCUUGCGACUAAAGAAUGGAUCAGCAGUACCAUUGCCAUUAGUGACUCUUCUUCGAAUGGCAGCGUGAUCAUCACCUACGGACUCUUCCGUGGUAAGAGUGUUCAAGAACUGAGUCACGGACUUGCAGAAUCGGACAAGAAUUUUGAAGUUUUAGGGAAACUGAACAAUUCUUCCCAAAAGACUCUGCACUCCGUGGUCAUCCUGUUCCUGGUCCUCAGUUUGCUCGCUUCGCUGCUGAGCUCUGGCUUCACCUUCUACAACAGCGUCGGCAACCCCUAUCAGACGUUCCUGGGCCCGGUGGGGGUGCACACCUGGAGCGGGCUCAGCGCGUCCUUCGUGUUCGUGGCCAUGGUGCUCUUUGUGGGAAACACAGAGGCCAACAGUCUGUCGGGAGAGCUGGCGCAGCAGCUGUACCCAAACUACCCGGCCUCCACGCACCACGGGGCCACGCACAGCUACGGGUACUCCUUCUGGCUCGUCCUGCUCGUCAUCCUUCUGAACAUCACCACUGUGGUCAUCAUCGUCUUCUACCAGAAGGCCAGAUACCAGCAGAAGCAGGAGCAGAAAAAGCCCGUGGAAUAUGCCCCGAGGGACGGAAUUUUAUUCUGAAUCCUGUAUCCCCGCUGGGCCGUUAGGUCUGCUCUGCCAUCUGCCAGCUUCCCGAGCGGUCGCCGCCUACUUACCCAGGCAGCCAUCAGGGAAGGGGCAGCGCUGCUUGCCUGUCGUUCUGUGACAGUUUCUGUAGCUCAUGACACUGUGUUCUUCAUGAAUGAUGUGUCCUUGAGAAAGGGUUCUUCCCACGAGGGUGGGGACGUGAAAGGGCCCUCCAGUCCACAGAGAGUUCAGAGAGGUGGGACCAUCGGGAGCCCGUGACCCCUCCUGACCCGGCCUCACUCUCUUAAGUAAUAAAGGUUUGUGCUGCACACCUUC